CUUUGUCCCUCCGUUCUUCCCGUAUCUUGCGCAAAGUUCGGCACUGCCGUGUACCCGGGGAAACUGCGGGAAUAUUAUUGGCGGGGGGGGGGAAGAUUAUUGACGCCCGUAUGGACCCCGGUCACCCGCACUUGAUCGGCGAUUGCCUCAUUCAUAUUUUCACAUUCUUAAGCGAGGAAGAUUUAGUCACUGCCUCAAAUGUGUGCAAGGAUUGGCGCGAAGCCGCAGACACUCCUUGGUUAUGGAGGCGGCUGUCUCUGCAGCGCUGGAGUUUCUGUAAUGUCGCCGUGCUGGGGAAAGAACACGGGAAUCACUCAUGGAAGAGCUACUUCCUGCGACGUCUCCACUUAGAGAUGAAGAUGACGAAAGGGCGGUCCGGAGGUUACACCUGCAAAAGCCUCCGAGGACACGCAGGCAGGGUGGUGGGGUUGGUGUACCUGCGGGGGAUUUCAGCCGUGCGUCCUGACCUCUGGAACAGCAGCGCCACAGUCUGCAGCGCCUCUACUGAUGGUACAGUUCGAGCAUGGGACGUCCAAAAUGGUGAACCUCUGUGGCGCAGUCCUGUGCAGAGUCCUUUGACAGAGAUUGUAAGUGAUGAACAGCGUGACGUUGUGAUCACAGCAGACUCCACGGGCCUCAUUAAGACGUGGCAGGGCCAGACUGGCCAGGAGGUGGCCUCGUUUUCAACUGCAUCUCCACACUGCACAUUACUCCAGUACAAUAUCAACAACAAUUGGUUUCUCACUGUUGGAACCAGUCAGGGAUCUGUGUGUACACUAGCUGAUUCAGCUUUGACUAAAAAGUCCAUCAUGAUGGUGUGUGACACCUUUAAAGUCAACAUACUCCUGGUUUCACCCAGCAAAAAAUGGAUCACAGCUGGAACCAAGGACAAUGAUGAUUUAAGUCCAAAGGUGAUUUACACCGAGAGUUUGACCUCUCCGUCUGAGGGCGAAGAUCCUCAGUGCCAGUCUCUGCCAGUCACUGGGUGCCAGGCUGCUGUCUUCAUACCCACCCAGCCUGCCAGACUGGCCAUCAUCCACCACAAUGAGCGCUCCAACAACAAAGCCCUCACUGUCUUCAAUGUCAGCAUUAAAAAGACUAAGUACAAGUCAGAGAUCCAGGUUCAGCAGGUGGAGUCCUUUCCCUUGACACUGAACACCAGGCCCUCAAACAUCCAUCUAAAGGCCAAAGACAGCAACUGCUUAGUGCUGGCAGCUGACCAGGUGCUACACGUCUACUCUCUGAAAGGAAACCUGCUGGCUAGCUUUGAAGAGCAUACUAUGCCUAUCUCUUCUAUAAGUUUGGACAGCUUUCGUGUGGUGACAGCAUCUCAGGACCUCUCCUUACGAGUACUGAUGUGGAAAAAUGACAGAGACCGUGGGUUGACUCUAGAGAGCAAAUACCACUUACUGGGAGGCUCUCACUCAAUGUCCAGAGGCUUCACUCACGUCGCCUGUGACUACACCAGCAUUGUGGCCUCAGUUGAAGGGAAAAAUGGGAAAGACGUCUUAAAAGCUUAUUUUUUCACCUCCUGAGCAUCAGUGCCCCACAAUAAAAAAAAAGUGCCCGCAUGCAGUUUACACAACCCACUGGAAGGAGGAACAUUUGCUUUUAUUAUUAACUGUUCGUCAUAUACUGU